AUGUCGCUGGCUGUCGCCGCCGUCCUGCCGGGCUGGGCUGAGCGCUUUCACCACCCCUCUUCCUCCCCACCUGGCGGGAGGAGGCCUCGCUCUCUGUCCAGGCCCCAGGUGAAGCCACCCCCUUCUCCCGCAGAUGAAUAUGCCUUCAUGGGCGCCCUCAUCAUCCAGGAGGUGGUGCGGGAGCUCCUGGGCAAAGGGCUGAGUGGGGCCAAGGUGCUGCUGGGCUCACUGUCCUCUCCUGCAGCUUCAUCCCCUACUGCUCCAGUGAUGUCUGGAGUGGGGCUUCACCCAAGUCCGACAAGAGUGAGUCCCCUGCCCUCCCCCGUCCCCUCCCCCGCCGCCAGGCAGGCAGGGAGGGAGGAGCAAGCUCCCAGGAUGCAGGCCUUCGCCUUGCAGCAUCCUGAUCCCCUGGGCAUCAGGUACUGGAACGGGGUGGUCCCUGAGCGCUGCCGGCGCCAGUUCAAGGAGGGCGAGGAGUGGAACUGCUUCUUCGGCUACAAGGUCUACCCGACGCUGCGCUGUGAGUGCCCAGNGUUCGUGGUGCAGUGGCUGUUCGACGAGGCCCAGCUGACCGUAGACAACGUGCACCUCACGGGGCAGCCGGUCCAGGAGGGCCAGUGGCUGUACAUCCAGAACGUGGGCCGGGAGCUGCGGCAGACGCUCAAGGACGUGGCCGGGCUGUCUCCUGCUUCGGCCGCCCCCGCCUCCUGCGAGUGACCCCGCCCGGGUUCUCUCCACAGCCACUGGACGGAGGUGCAGGUGAAGGGGACCUCACUCCCGCGGGCGCUGCACUGCUGGGACAGGAGCCUCCACGAGGGCCACAAGGGCAGCAAAGCCCCUCUGAAGGGCUGCCCCGUCCACCUGGUGGACAGCUGCUCCUGGCCCCACUGCAACCCCUCGUGCCCCACCAUCCGCGACCAGUUCACCGGGCAGGAGAUGAACGUGGCCCAGUUCCUCAUGCACAUGGGCUUCGACGUGCAGGCCCUGGCGCAGCAGCAGGGCCUGGAGCCCAGCACCUUCACCGCCCCUCUGCACCCCGGACGCUGCCUCCCCCUCCCCCACCCACAACCCUCUCUGAGGAGGCCCUGCUCCCGCUCACCCGACGGCCGAGGCUCAGGGCCGAGGCCUCCACAGGGGACACAGCUGCCAUUCCUGUUUCUUGGGCUGCUGAGGUGA